AUUAAUUCUAAUAAAAUAUUUUUUUUAUUUAUUUUAUUUUUUAGAACAUUAAUUUCUAUUUCCUCUAAUUCUUGAUUUGGAUGUUGAAUUGGUUUAGAAAUUAAUCUUUUAAGAUUUAUCCCCCUAAUUUCCUACUCUACCAAUUUAUUUUCUACUGAAGCUUCUUUAAAAUAUUUUCUUAUUCAAUCUAUUGCUUCCAUUAAUUUUAUCUUUUCAAUUUUAAUAAAAAUAAUUUUAAUAAAAAAUUUUGAAAUAAAUAAUUUUAUUUCAAUUAUAAUUAAUUCUUCUCUAUUAAUAAAAAUAGGUUCAGUACCUUUCCAUUUUUGAUUCCCUAAUAUUUCUGAAGGUUUAUCUUGAUUUAAUAAUUUUUUAUUAAUAACAUGACAAAAAAUUACCCCCAUAAUUUUAUUAUCUUAUUAUUUAAAUAAAAAUUUUAUUAUUAUUAUUAUAACUUUAAAUACUAUUAUUGGAGCUAUUGGUGGUUUUAAUCAAUCCUCUUUACGAAAACUUAUAACUUUUUCCUCAAUCAAUAAUUUAGGAUGAAUAUUAGCUUCAAUUUUAAUUAGAGAAAAUCUUUGAAUAUUUUAUUUAAUCAUAUAUUCAUUUUUAAUUAGAAUUAUAUGUUUUUUUUUUCAAUUAUUAAAUAUAUUUUAUAUUAAUCAACUUUUUAUUUCUAAUAUUAAUUAUUCAAUUAAAAUAUUUUUAUUAAUUAAUUUUUUAUCKUUAGGGGGAUUACCCCCUUUUAUUGGAUUUUUUCCAAAAUGAAUUUUAAUUAAUUUUUUAUUGUCAAUACAUUUUUUUAUUAUUACAUUUAUUUUUAUUAUAAUAAGAUUAAUUAUUUUAUUCUUUUAUAUUCGAAUUAUUUAUUCAUCUUUUUUAUUUAAUUAUAUUAAUUUAAAAUGAAUAAAAAUUUUUUUAAAAAAUAAAAAUUUAAUUUUUAUUAAUUUUUUAUCUUUUUUAUCAAUUAUAGGAUUAAUUUUAAGAACCUUAAUUUUUUUAUAA